UCGCCCCCGCUACUAGCCUCGCUUGAUCCCCUCAAUCCGCAUGCUCCUCUCCCAUUGCAGGAGAACAACAAGUCAUUGUGAUCGUUGAAGGUGCGACGUCGAUCCGCUGUGUGGCCGAUGUUUGUAGUCGUGCUGAGAUGAAUUACCUCGCAUAUCGUGCUGGCAGCCUCGCCAACGUCAAAUCAACAGACUCACAGUGUAUGAGGGCACCUGUGCUGAAGGUACUCCCCGUGGGCUCCUGAGCGCUCGAAUCCCCCAGCCUUGCAGAGUCUCUGGACGAGAUCGCACUUGCAUAGCCGGUGUGCAAUCCAUUGUACCGAGAUGGAAGGUGCCUCAACUAAAGGGACGGCCACUCCCAUAAAUUCACCUCAGGAUGCUCCGGCUCCGCGGUUGCCCACAGAGAUCUGCGGACGAAUCAUUGACCAUCUGGCAGCGGGGCUAGAUCUCUUCUACUUUGCAUUAUUGAACGAGAAUCCAACCCUGCUAGCCCUUAAAUCAUGUGCCCUGGUGUGCAGGGACUGGUACUUUCACACCUGGUACCAUCUGCGUCAGCGUGUUUGCCUCCGUGACCGGAACGAUGUCCGGUCACUAUCCAGAACACUCCGCGAGAGACCACGCCUCUGGGGUGUCGUCCAACAGGUCGUCAUCUCGGGUCAUACAUCUGGCCAGCGUUCACCGAUUCAACAUCUCGGAACGUUUGCCGCCACGCUUGCCGGGAAGCUUCCGACGUUCUGGUCAAUGACCAUUGAGGAUGCGGAGUGGACCGUUGGCUCGAUACGGAUGGAAGACGUUGGAUAUCUCGCCACAUUCCACCUCCUCCGCACAUUGUACAUCAGCAGAGUCACCGUGCCGAGCAUCGGCCAGCUGGCCCGCCUCAUCUCAGCACUCCCUGGCCUAGAAGGUCUAAUAUGCGUCAAUGUCGACUGCUCACAGAAGCACCCAAACUCUCCUGUCUCUCUCCCGCUGAACUCUGCAAGUCUGGAAGCCCUCGGGGCGCGAUGGGUUGCGCCCGCGGUUGAAGACCUCCUCGUGCGGAUCAGCCAGAUUUCCCGGUUGCGCUGGCUCAAUGUUGGAGUAGAGGGCGACUUGAAUCUAUCCCCGACGGUCAGCAGACGUCAAGCUUUGCUGGAUGCAAGUGCGGCCUCGGUAGAAGUCCUCCAGCUCUAUAUGGGUGGUCCCCGGUCCGGCUCUUGCAUGAAUAGCGACACUGUUGACUCCACUGUAGGAAGGCACUAUAACCUGUCACGCUAUGAGAGCUUGUGGCAAUUGCAGAUCUUCCUGUACCACCCCUUUGCUGAGUGGUCCUCGAUUCCUCAUAUCGUCUCUCGAAUUCUACCAAAGCAUCUCCUAGCCAUGUCGAUCAUGCUUUUCAUUACCGCAGAUCAUGCAGCCGAUGACUUUGAUGGGGCGAUGAUGAUGAUGGAAGAAGACGGUACCUUGGUGCAGUUGGACGACACAUUGCAAGCAGAGUGCUUCACCAAUAUCGAACCGGGUGGUAUAUGCCUAGGCUUCGACACCGUUCAAAACUGGCGGCCGUCCUACAAGCUCUUUGGUUCAGAAUCAUCAUUUGGAGAGCGAUGUUGUCGGUGGGACGAACUCGUCAAACGGAAGAUGCCGCAAUGCAAUGGACGUGGCAUAUUGACGUACGUAGUAUAAUUGAUUCAAUACAACGUCGUACGAGCUGAGUGCCCUUCUUAGCAUUGUGCAUGGUAGCGAAGAGGUAGCGUUGAACUGGGCGAAUGAUAUGUACAGUAUUCAU